UUUGCCGUGGAUGGGGGGAAAAGAGAGAGAGAGAGAAAAAAAAUCUUCUUUGCCACAGCCGACAGACGCAUAAUUUGGGAGGGAAACCCGAGAAGUUCCAGGCUGGGAUGUGUUUCCUGUAACCUGGGCAGAACCUUUCAGGACCUGAACCAAGUCCAAGAGGAAUCCAUUAUUUUUGGUGUCCACCAUCAACUAUCUGCCAACCAGCUCCAUCACUCACAGUGACGUCUACCAGGAGGAGAGAAUAUACAGUCUUUGUCUUAAUAAAACAGCUGAAGAGUGAGAGGAAGCAAGGCAACCGAGAUACAGCUGAACCUCAUCAUUCCAAGGGUCCAUCCAUGUGGGUCACUCAGCUCUGAAGUCUACACUUUGGGAGAGUAUGAAGACAAGCUGUGUUACACCACCCUGCAGCCCAACAAGAUAUGACAUAACGUGGAUCCCCUGCUAAUUACCAUGACAACCCUAAAGCUGUGACUAGCACUGUGAGGCCUUUACCCCUUCUGAGCACCCGAUCUGGACCCUUCUCCUUUUUUGAAAAUCCCUUUCCCCAGCAAACAAAAUAUAGUUACUUGCCUGUCCCAGUUUUUCUCCUUAAUAAUUACAAAUUCUUAUUCUUUAUAAUUCCUUUUCUUUGGCAUCAUGCAAGGUGCCACCUCCAUUCUACUUAUUUUUCCCUCCCUCAUAUUUGUCUCCCUCAUUCCUAAUGUGGUCAACGGGGACUGCUGGCUCAUUGAGGGCGACAAAGGAUAUGUGUGGCUGGCGAUCUGCAGUCAGAACCAGCCACCUUAUGAGACUAUCCCCCAACACAUCAACAACACAGUCCAUGACUUAAGACUUAAUGAGAACAAACUUAAAGCUGUGCUCUUUAGUUCCAUGUAUCGCUUCACCAAUCUGACUGACCUCAACCUCACCAAAAACGAAAUCGGCUACAUUGAGGAUGGAGCCUUUGCAGGCCAAGCCAACUUACAGGUUUUACAGCUGGGCUACAACAAGUUGACAAACUUAACUGAGGGUAUGAUGAGAGGGCUUGGCCGCCUGCAAUGCCUCUUUCUCCAGCACAACCUCAUUGAGGUAAUUGCCAGCAAUGCAUUCUGGGAGUGCCCUAGCCUGAGUAGCAUUGACCUGUCAUCCAACAAACUUGCCCGCAUCGAUCCAUCCACAUUUACUGUUUUAAUGCGGCUAAUGGUGUGUGAACUUGCAGCCAAUCCAUUUCAUUGUGGAUGUGAUCUCUUAAGCUUUUUAAGCUGGUUGGAAUCCUUCAACAAUGUCACACACACCUAUGACCGCCUCCAGUGUGAGACACCACGGGAAAUGUUUGGCUUCCCUUUAUUGAGUCCCAUUGCUUCUGGCCAUGCUGGUCGUAAUGCCAAAAACGUUUUGUUCCAUCGGUGCCGAAAUGGAGUGAUGAUUCCAGGAAUGACAUCUCUCCCACCAGAUCUGGAUGGACCUUCUGGGAUGGGACCAGAGAUGUUUGGUGGUGCCGGACCGUACAACCAGCCCACCACCUCUUCAUCAUCCACUGCACCCCUUGUCCCAAGCAUCAAACUCCAUCGUGUCUCAUUGUCAUCAGCCUCUCUACUUGUGCAGAUUCCAAAUCCUUUCAGUAAAAUGUAUAUUCUAACACAAUACAACGACACAUUUGUGUCUGAUGUCAUGACUUUGAAGAACAAGAAAGAGAUGGUCACCCUCAACAAACUCAAACCACACAAUAACUACACCUUUUGUGUUGGAUCUAUUCGCAACUCUCAACGAUACAACCACACCUGCGUCCAAUUUUCCACUCGUGCUCAAAUUCCAGACAACAGCCUCCCUACACCCUCGACUACUACUCACUACAUAAUGACUAUUGUGGGCUGUCUUUUUGGAAUGCUUAUCAUUUUAGGCCUUGUCUACUAUUGUCUGCGAAAGAAACGCAUGCAUGAUGAGAAGAAAAAGUCAAUUUGUGUCAAGAAAACAAUCCUAGAGAUGCGCUAUGGACCUGAGGUAGCAGCAGCAGUGGCAAAUGAUCCAUCAGCAGUCCAUAAGCUUCAGGAGCAGUCCAGAGAACAUCACCAGUAUCAGCAUCAUCAUGGAAGCAAACUUCCCUUGUCAACAUCCUCCAGCUUGGGAAUGCUCCACUCAGCCAACACCAGCUCCUCCAGACUUUCCUCGAUCCCACAAGUGGAAAAGAUGGCCACUGCCUUUUCAGAGGCCAGGGCUACAAGUAAAGGAAACUAUAUGGAUGUCAGAACUGUAGGGAUAGGAGAUGGUGGGCAUGGAGUAAUGAGGGGGGGUGACUUGAGGGAUGAUGAUGGAACUGAUAUUGGGGAUGACUCAGAUGACGAUGGCCAUGGAUCUGCAUCAGAGAUAUCCACCAUUGCCAUGGAGGUAGACAAGGUCAAUCAAAUCAUUAACAAUUGCAUCGAUGCACUGAAGUUAGAUGCAGCAGCAGUUGCUGCUUCUGGGGCGUCCAGUGACCAUACCUCCUCCAAUCCCACCUCCCCUCCCCCUAAUAGUGCGUCCUCCCUUACUCGAGGCCUAAUCGCUUUCACCCAAGGGGGAGAGACUUGUCAAAUUAUUGCUCCAAAUAAAAUACCACCUCCACCUCCCCUCCCUGCCUUGAAUGCCCCUCUCUCUGAGCGCCCAGGAAUCAGUGGUGGCGGCUUUGUUGUCACUCCCCCUUACAGGCCCCCUCCACCAGCCACUGCUGUACGUCCCAUUCAGCGUCAAAUGAGUGCAGAUGCAGCUGUGGUUAUUGUAAAUGCGGUCAAAAAACAGUGCAGCACCACCUCUUGUGGUUCUAUGGAUCGGGACAGGGAACGUGGAGGCGCUAGGGUCUAUAGCCUGGAUGUUCCUGAGCCAAGGAGCCCAGAUGCCUGUAAUCAACAACAGCAGCAGUACCCAGACAGGGCCAGUCCCUUGGGCUGUGGAGAGCCUCUAGAGAGGCUGCCUUUGGUGGAAAGUAGGAGCUGUGGUGGAGGGGGUGGUGGUGGAUGCGACAGUGGUGGUGUUGGUGGCCAACAUCAGGACAGCCAGAAGUCACACCACUUUCAUCAACAGCAAAUAUUGCAGCAGCAGCAGCAGCAACAGCUGCAACAGCAACAACAGCAGCAGCAGCAGCAGCAGUGUGAAGUACAGCAGGACUACCACUGCUCGGAGCACCGCCACUCUGUCCCAGCUCUCUACUAUGAAGGCUCCCACAAGGGCUCCCCAGCCCAAAGGGUUUCAUUCCUAAAGCCCCUGACGCGCUCACGCAGGGAUGCAGCAUCUUACUCCCAGCUUUCGCCUGCCCGUCACCAUUCCAGUUACUCUGGCUAUUCCUCCAGCCCAGAGUACUCCUCAGAGAGCUCACUGCGGAUCUGGGAGCGCUUUCGUCCAUACCGGAAAGGCCAGCGCGAUGAGGCCUGUUAUGUAACGGCCGGUAAUGCCCUUCGAAAAAAGGUGCAAUUCGCCAAAGGCGAGGACUUGCAUGACAUCCUUGAUUAUUGGAAGGGUGUCUCAGCGCAGCAGAAGCUAUGACUGUAGGAUCAAAUUAAGCAUUGUGGGAUAAAGAGUUUGGAUACUUCUUUUCUUGGUGGCCCUGUGAGCCAGCCAGAGAAACCAUAUGAAAUUAAUGGGGAGGAAAAAUGUACAAAGUAAAUUUGCCUCUGGGUGUUCUUGGCAUGCUAGGUGUAUAGAAUAUUGUGCUGAGAGCAAGGACUGUGAAACUGUGCCUGGGAUUUGCGAGUAAUUAUCGUGUAUUAUUUUAUAUUUCACUGUGGCCCAAUUUCGUAGUCAUUCUCAUUUAGUUUCUGUGUGUUUUAUUUAUAGAAAAUUUCAAAUGUCUAAUUAUUGCUGUUUAAGUGAUCACAUUUUGUGAUUUAUGGACAAUCUUUGUCAGUGCCAUGUUGUCAUCUAUUUACAGAAGGUCAAUGUUGAUAUCCUUCACUUUAAGGUUGUGGGAUUCUUAUUUUGUAUGGGUGAUCUGUCAAUCUGCAGUGUUCUUGGAUGUGAUUGGACUUAAACAUGAAGGUAGACUUUGAUGGGGUGGGAAAUGUGUUUUAUUAUGAAUGACAUAAAUGCUGAUCGGUCAACAAAUUUGUCAAAUUCAGGUCCCUGUCUCUCUUCAAUGAGAUCUAUAAUGCAGCUGAAAUUUCAAUAGCAUCCGCCACACAGGAAGAAAAUCAAUUGGAACCUUGGCCUCAGAAUAGUGGUGUGAUUGCACCGUUAUGUGUUUAACACAUCUUCCCAACUUGGGUGGUUCACUGAGUGAUGUCAAGAAUGUUCCACAGAUGUCACUGGCUACUUAAAUAAUGGCUUAAUAUGAAGGGGUGCAAAGGCAAGGCAAAAACAAUGUUCAGUUUAUUAAGGUAAUUAUAUGCCACUUACCCAAUAGUGUACACUAGGGACAUGGACAAAGUGGCAGAUUACGUUGUGAUUCUCUUACAGUGAGGAAUGUGGGAUGUGACCCAUUUGUGACCAAUAGAAAUUGAAAGUCAGAGGGGAUAUAAAGGAAAAAAAGGAGCUAAGAAAAUGAAUCAUACAAAUAACGUAAUUUUCUGCAGCCACUGUGAAUGUAAGUAAAUUACAAGCACGUUAUGGGCAAGACUUUUUACAUUAUCCAAUGUGAGCAGCACAGUACAUUGCAAAUCCUCUAACAUUAAAAAAAACUAAGAGAGAGAGGCACAGAGGAAAAGGACACUUCUAAUUACUGCCAACUCGUCUGUUUUUGUUCUGGAAAUUAAUAUUCUUGUUGUCUGUUGAGAACUUAAUUAGCCAACUUGUGACAGGCAUGUUUGCUUGCACUUUACGCCUCAUGGUUGUGUGUGGCAGUGUGGUACACAGUGGUCAGUGUAAGUGGGUGUUGGCAUGCCUUGUCAUAUUUUACUGUAUAUGCCCAGACUGAUUUAAAUUGAUAGUUGUCAGUAUCUUGCCCGGUGGCUGGUUGUCUGAGUCUAAACAAUACUAGAUUAUUUAUGGCAUGGACAAAUGUAAAAAAAAAAAAUAUCACCAAUGUUCAAUGUAUUUUCCAAACAUAUAGUACAUCACAUGAGCAAAAUGCUCAGAUUCAUAUCGUAGUGCCUCUUGCUAACACAACCAUGGUCUUAUCUGCAUUCAUGUAGAGUAUUAUAAAUCCUCAUCUAUCUAAAUCUACUUGUGACCUAUCAAGAUGAUAACUUCAUUGCCUGGCGUUCUGCUAAAAGGGCAGCCUGUUUACCCAAAGUGUUUUGUAGCUGUUAAAAUGAUGCAUCAUCGGCUAACAUACACAAUCUGAGACAUCGUACCCUAAAAAUGUGAAAACAUAAUCCAUACGCCUCACUUUUUCACUGAUUAUAUUCAAGAGAAAACAUAUUAUAAUGACAAGUCUGAUUUCAAGAAUGUUUUGAUUCUUUUUUUACUUUGACCCAUACUAGAUUCAUUGCUAAACACAACAUUCCCUUGUUAUUAAAUGAUAGAAAUAAGACCUUUUAUUGUAGACGGGACUUGGGUCUAAACUGAAAAAGGGUGGUGUGCAUUGGUAUGUGCACAUUGAGCUGUGUAUGUCUUCCACUCUUUUUUCUUUUUUUUUAAAUGAAACAUCGAUAGCACUGUCGCUUCCCCCCGGUUGUUUUGUUAUGAUGUGUGCACACAAUCAGAGUCAAGAGGUCAUGUCCCUCGGAGUGUUCGUGAUCGACUGCUGUUCACACAGAUGUAAAAUCAAGGGCCUCAGUGUAUUUUUUUGGCGUUUCUUUCUUUUUAAAAUGAAGCACCAUACGAUGAACAUGUGAUUUAUUUUUUUUUCUCCCUGUCUCCCACCGAUCUCCUGUUAUCUGAGAUAACAAAGUUUAAAGAGGAACUUGCUACUGUGAUCGACUCAGACUCUCAACAAAUCAGAGGAGAGGGUUUUCUCUCUGUUACACUGUAAGAGUACUUAAUCCCACAGAAAGGAACUUGGUGUGUUUGACUCCUCAGAUCCUCAACUGCCAUAACUAAGUUCACAUAAAUGGACACUCAGCAAAGUCAGAAAUGUUUGUUUUAUUUUCACCAAGCUGGAAAAUAUAUAAUGGGACAGAAAAUGAUGUUAAUCAAAGUUUUAAUGGAUUGUAUUUAGGUUCUUUUGCAUUUAAAAUAUACACAUUAACCAUACUAAUGCAUUUCAGAAGGUAUAGAUUGUCAGGAGACAGAUGCUAGUUCAAGUGCUCUUCUGCUCAAAUUUAACUCUUUAUGACAAUGGUGAACUAAAAGUGCCAAUUGUUUGAAUAAUAAUUAUUAUAUAAGCUGUUGUUGAAAUGGGAGGCGAUAUUGUGUUGCUCAUGAUUAAUAAUUGCUUUAAAUCCUGCUGCUGACAUAAUCACUAGUCAUGUAAAAGGGCUUUUGUGAUUAUGUUAAUAUUAUGAACUAAAACUCAGACUUUCAUUGCUGAUUCCUAAUGUAUGAAUCUACAGGAGUACAUGUUUCGAUAAACAGAGCUCAAGUAAUUAACCUGCUGAUUGUUGCUGUGUUUCCACCGUGUGGAACGGAUCAGUUUGAUACAGUAUGGUGCAUAUUUGUUUGUGUUUCCAUUAGGAAUAGUACCAAGAUAACCAGCCCCUACCAUUCCAUUCUUUGGCACCCCCUUCUCUUGGGGUAUCGGAGUAAAAUGGCGUGGUAAGUUCAGGGUGGAGCUAGACCGGAUCCACCCAUGACAGUCAGCUGAUUGUGGCGACUGAUUGCUAUCAGUGUAAAUCCCCCAUGGAAGUUGAGACAAAUGCCUGCAGUCUGUUGCGUUCAAUGUCGUUGUUUUUUAUUGUCACACUGUGUUACGAUGUCACGCUUGCGUAUCUUGCUGACCUGGCCAUCCAAGCACUACCUACCAAGUAAAGGUACUGUUCUCAGUCGAAAUGCAAGCCUGACCCAGGGCUUUACCAUUCCAAACCAUACCGUACUGUACCAAACCAAACCUUAUCAUGGUGGAAACAUGGCAUUAACGUGCUGCUCUUUAAUGCUUUUGUAGAAUUCACACUUUUUCAUAUUCAAAACCUGGACAAACGCAACUCUAUUUUCUUAAGUAAUGAAUCGAGGCUCACAAUGGGGGUGCGGAUUUAUGUCUAAUCAGUGUAUAAAUUAAUUAAAGAAGUAAUUAAUGUUUCCAUUAAAAAAAGAAGAAGACCACACUCAGCCUUUUUGUGACUCCCAUUUGUUCCAUGAAUGUGGAACAUCACUUUAAGGAGUGAGAGUCAUUACAUGUGCAUUAUGAUGUGUAACCAUCAUAGUCAUUCUUUUGCUUGAUAACACAUUGUCUCAUAAGGACAAACACAUUGUUAGAUUUAAAAUGAAUUCAUCCACUGUAUAUUACCAGCUAUGACGGCAGAUACACUCUGUAUAACAAACAAGUCAUUUUUUUACUAUGUUGUAUAUGUCAAUGAUCUCAUUUUUUUUCCCCUCCUUCUAAGCUCUCACCAGCAAUUACACACAGCAAGAGAGAAUGGCGAAAUGGAACAUGGAAAUGUGAGUCAGGAUGAAUCAGGAUGAAUCACAGUCUGACUAAAGUGAACUAAAAUAAAAACGUAAUGGAUGUAAUGCAAAGUGUCCAGAGUUAGUAGCGCAAAGACGGGGCUAUUGGCUUAAUGCAGGCAGACAUCUGGUAUAAUAACUGUGGAAGCAUGACUGUGCUGAAACAUGCGACAGUUGAACAUAAAUGUGCAACCAGUUCAUUGAAAGAUAUUUGAUUUUCAAAGCACUGAGGAGUGAAACUUCAGCUCCACUCAGUGACAGCCAGGUAUUAGCACCACUGCAUAUCCUUUCACUUGGUUUCCGUGGUCCCUUUAUAUCAUUUUAUUAACUCCAUUAGUUUACCGUGUGGGAGAAUAACCUGCGUGGAUAAUGUGCUGAAUUUGAUUUGAACAGGAAACUGUAAUGUGUCCUUGUGUAGGGCUCAUGUGCUCAAAAUGAAAUGCAUACCAUUUUAAUUGCGCUCUAAUGUCAAUCUGUAUUUGUCUUAGGAGUGACGAGACAAAUGAAAUUUAUCUACUCCAACUCUGUAAUUUAAGAGACAGCUUCGAUGGGCCGAGCACUGCCAAUGAUUCCGUUCCAACUGCCAAACGCUCUGCAAGAAGCAGCAGAAAGAGGGAUCCUAAACAGCGUUAAUAGCCUUGUUUGUUUACUUUUGCCUCCGCAGUUUAUGUUGUUUGCUGACAACUGAAACUCAUCAGAAUGUUGCAGACUACGUUUAUCCCUAUUAUAUUCACACGUCUUAUUGGACAACUCUGCUGGCGAAUGAAAUCAUAAAUAAAUAAAUAAAGAGAUAAAGCUACUCUAAGCUCGAAACUAUGCAUGCAGGGCUUUAAAUUUCUUUGUCAGCCAUUUGGACUGGAAAAUUAAUUUAAGGUUGAAAAACCACUGGUGAUUCUAAAUAAAUAAUAAGGUUUUCUGAGCAGAAAAGCAUUUGAGAAUCUGUUGUCAGCCAAAAUGGGCUAAGAUUUGCAGUUCCAGCGUUUCAUGACGACACACACAAACACAGAGACAAACAUCAUUUUCUUUAUUAACACGCACACAUUAUGCAUUGGUUGAAACGGUUUGUCUCCAAAGAUGGAUAAAGGUCUUAAAAAUGUGAAAUAUCUGUGAAUUUUGUACACAAGUAUAUAAAAGAAAAAAAAAUGCUAAAGAAAAAAAAAAAAGAAGAAAAAAAGCUUCUAUUGAUGUUUUAUACUCAGCCUGAAAUCUUUAUAUGUCUGCGUGUUCCUUUAUUUUCAGUUGGACUUUUGUCUUUGUUUUUUUUAUUUUGGGUUUUUCUCGGGAGAGGGUGAGGGGGGCAUUGGUACAUAAAAAGGGGUCGACUUUUAAUACGUGCAAUGAUAUAUGUUAUAAAGGUUUAAGAGAAACGGAGAAAGCUUAACAUAAUGUAUUACAUAAAAGAAAAGUUGUUAUAUUUGCAUGAUUCCCUGUAUUUUUUUUGGAAAGACAAAAAGAUAUCGUUGUGUACAAUGAGUGGACGUACAAUGAAAACAAAAACUAUGGGGGCUGAAAAACAACAUUUUCAAGUACAUUUGAUUUUAAUAUUUGGGUUUUAGACAUAUUUGCCAUUUUGUAUCUGUAACUUUAUAUUUACUUCCCUAACAAGUGUUUUUUUUUAUUAUUAUUAUUUUGUUGAUUGGAUUAUGUACAGACACUGCAGUUACUUUUGUUGCUCCAGGCCGGUGGAGUGUGCAAUGCAAAGAGGAGGUGUCUCAAAAUGGUGCCUGUUUACAUCCAUGAAAACUCCACUUUAUUGUUUUCCACCACAAAGACUAUUGUUUGUUGAUUCAUUCACUGGCUUGAAUGGGAACCUGUCACAGUUAGUGGUUAUAUAUAGUUACAAUUCCUCCCCCUUAAUAGAGAAAACUUUUUUUUAUUAUUAUUAUUCUAAAGACAUAAACAAUAUGCACUGUGUUUUAAGAAAAAUGUGCUGAAAUAAUGCACACUUGCACAUUUCAUUGCACAUUGUGUAAUGGACUUAAUCUAAUCCCAAUCCAUCAUUUACAAGUCGGCGGCAGAUCAAUGCAGCAUCAGCAGCUAGUCCAUCUGCCUGUUAGUUAUUUGGUGAUUUCCAUUCUUUGUCAUGUUGUUGUUAUCAAAGUUAGCUCAUUUAAAACAGUCUUAUCAUCCGCUUGUUUAUUACACCGCCUGCUGCUUAGUAGCUUUUCAUGCCAGAGAAUAAAAUGUGACUUGAUUAGAAAAAAAAGAUUGCUGUGCUACAAAGAAGCUAAAAAUUCUAAAAUGAAACCCAUCACAGGGUCACAUAGGGACAAACAAGCAUCCACUCUCAGCAGGGGUGUCAAACUCAUUUUAGUUCAGGAGUCACAUACGGCACAAUUUGAUUUCAAGAGGAAAUAAUAGCAUAAUAAUAAUAAUCUAUAACAACUAGAGCUUCAUAUUGUUCCCUUCCCUUGCUUCUUAUGAUAUUUCUUGAGAAAAGUAAGUGCAAUUUCAACAAUAUUAUGCCUAAGUUUAUCGUUUACACAUGUGCAUUACAACUUACAGAUCACUGUGGAGCUACAAAGGCACAAACAUUUAGUCACAAGUAUCUGGAACUGAAACAUAUAGUACUUUAGAUUAUGAUAAGAUUCUAUUUAUAAUGUGAAAUCUUAACAAAUUCAUCCGGUGGGCCCCGAUUGGACCCUCUGUUGGGCUGGUUCUGGCCUGCGGGCCAUACGUUUGAGACCCCUGAUUUAGAGUGUCCAAUUUACCUAAUUCUCAUAUUGCAUGUUUUUUGGACUGUGGGAGGAAACUGGAGAAGCAGGAGAAAACCCGUGCACACACAGAAAGGCCCUUGUUCUGACCCCGGGUCGCAAACCCGGGGUCUUCUUGCUGCAAAGGCAACAGUGCUAACCACUACAUUAACAAUCAUAUUCAUAGGAAAUAAAUUCCCACGAGUGACGUGAGACACAGAGACAAACAACAGAUCAUGGGAUGAAUUUAAUUUUAGGUGAAGCCCUCCCAUUGUGUGCGUGCCAAUUAAAUUAAGUGUAAGUAGUUCUGCUGGGCAGUCGAGCCUCUGAAGGAGAACAACUCAUCUGGCUCUCCGCCAGUAAUGUGUGGGUGACUUCUCCUGCAGCUGUGCUUGCUGAUACAUUAGUUAUUGCAUUACAGUCCAUGCAGUGACAGCGAGCCAUAAGUCAUAGUCAUGUUUACAUUCUGUACCGAAAUCGCCGGCUCUGUGGGCGAGCAUUUGCCAAACCCUUCCUACGUCAAUAGCAAAGCAAAAAGUAAAUGCAUUACCCCCUCGGCUCGGCGUGCUCGGCAGUUUGUCAGCCUGGCUUUACUAUAGGCAGUCACUUGGUCGAGAUGCAUUUUAAUUGGUUGGAAGUGCAGUGUAAUCAGAAGAGCGCUCCCGUUUCUCUGUGUUUAAUGGUUUUCAGUUUCAGUCAGCUUAGGGCCGAGUCAUCCCUACCACGUUCUGUGUGCGCAGAGAACCACUUUGCAUUUCAUGCUCGCGUCUACAUGCCCGCUGUCGUGUUCAUACUGAAACGAGAGUCUGCGUCAGUCGACCAUUCCAUGCAUGUUUACUCAAUCUAACUUUUCUCUUUUGCCCUAAUUUGCAUGACCUUAAUUUCUUCGAGUGCUCAGUUGAACUCCUUGUAUAAAAUCAGCCGCGUUUCUUGGAUCCUGUCUUUUUCGUAAAAUACAAAAAAAGGAGCACGCCACCUACUGGACUGACACUGUAUUGUGCUAGCACGCACAGUUGUGAUGGUGGUCGUCUGCAUAGGGUCCAUACUGACUUCCAUGAAAAUGGGCAUAUGAUUACAUUUAUGUCAUGUGGACCCUUGCAGACCUCUGUGCACGCACAGAUGCAGAGAGUAUGACGUGGUUCUGUUUCAGUCAGUCCAGGUAUUCUUUUUUUAUUAUUAUUUCACACCCUGCCUAUCCCACCUGGCUUCACCUCCAGCAGCGUCACAUAACACCCCCCUCUUUCACCUGUUCCCCAUACUCUUAUUAGCUCACUACACCCGUCUGUUAACCCUUGCUUGUCAUUGUGCUCUGCAGCUUUUCAGCUGUAGCUGUUUUGUUGCUGAUCGUAUUUUUUGACCUUGUUGUUUUGUUAUUUGACUCAAUCCAAUCCCUUUGUGCUUUGUUUGUCUGCUUGGAUUCUUCUUGCUUUCACAAUUAUACAUUGCCAAACCUUUAAAUUUACCACUGCAAGUCAUGGUUUGGGAUCCCAGAUAUUUUUCUCUCUCAAAAUGGUUCCACUGUGUUGAGGAGCAGAUGAGGCCCUUCAUUCUGAUCAAAACUGAUGUUUUUCUUGCACACAGGUGGCAGCGGCUGGAUGUCCAUUACUAUUCUGGACACACAAUCCAGUGCUGUGGUUCUGUGAAAAGCCACAAUGAUUGGGCUUGUCAGGGUCAGAGAUUGAAAACUCAGCAGUUUCCAAAAAAUGGGCUGUCAAUUCACAGAAAGGGGGAGAAAGGGGAGGAGCUCUUCUCGAGCCAUUCAGGAAAUGGAAUGUCUGUGAAUUGAUCUGUUUGUAAGCUUGUCGUUUUCUGACUGUGCGGCGACAGUGGCUGGCAAGCACAAGUGACAGGCACUAUUUAUAAGAGACACGGGACUAAAUGCGACUGUUAACAUAUACCAACAUAUAAACCAAAAAAAAAAAAAAAAGCACAGUGUAUUUGUACAAUGUCUUUUUAAUUUGGAAGAAAAUCAAAGCAUUUUGAUAUAUUUUUCCCCAACACCUAAAAGAUAAAAAAGGAAAGAACUAAACAAAUGUUUUGGAAUCCCUGUGUUCAUCCCAAUAUAGUGCUGAAAUAUAACCACCAUCUGUAUGUUCCCUCAACCCAAUUACAUGUAUCACAUUAUACCUAUGAUUUUAGUUCCCACUGAGGCAUGAAUAUUACAUUUGUGUCCAAAGACGGCUCCUGUCGGGAGGUGUUUUGGUCUGAAAAGGCAGGAGGUGAAAAGGGUCUAAUGAAGAGUUCCAUCGUGGUCUAUUCAAAUCUAUUGUGACCAUAGUGUCCUCUGGUUUCAGCUCUACACUUGUUCAUGUUUAAAGCCCAAAAGGGAAAGACCAAACACGCGUUUGGAUGAUGGGAACAAAUCUUGGCUUUUUGCUUUGUACUUGUCGAUGAUAUUGACUUUUCUUUUCCCUUUUGCGAUUUCUGUACAAGAGAUCUAUUUCUAUAUUUGCAAUAAAUUUGUAACUAAAAAUAAAAAAAACUGUCUUUUUAAUUCA